AUAAGUUAGAACAGAAAAUGAAACAUAUAGAAGAAGAAUGGGCAGAGCAGGCAUUGGUCUUUAGUAAUUAUAAAAGGCGAGGCCAAGUGACUCUUUCAGUGUCUGAGACUCAGAGGCUUAUAGAACAAGUUGAAGAUGCUGAAGGGUCGUUGACUUCGAUGUUGACAUCUCUACACAUUGGCCCAAUGAGAGCAACUGCAAAGAUGUGGUCUAAGAAAUUGGCUCAAGUGUCAGCUGUUCUUGCAAAGUGGCUGGCAGUGCAGCAGGCAUGGUGUUAUAUGGAAUCUGUGUUUUGUCAAACAUCAAUUAUACAAGAGAUGCCACAGAAAUUGAAGGACUUUCAACAAAUAGACAGAAACUGGACAAAGAUGAUGCGACGUUCAUGUGAUCAGAAAAAUGUGCUGGAGUGCUGCCUAGGUGGAGAUAUAUCAAAGCACACUCUUCUUGUUAGUCUAGCAGAGAGCUUGGAAUUGUGUCAGCAAUCAAUUAGUCACUACUUGGAGGGCAAACGACAAGCAUGUCCAAGACUCUAUCUCAUGUCAGAUUCUGUGCUGCUUGAGGUGAUGAGUUAUGAAAAGGCUGCAGCAUCUCUUAUGCCACAUUUGGGGCUUGUGUUUAAUGAUGUCAACAGCUUAACUGUGGGUGACCGAAUUCCAGGAAAUGAAGUUGAGGCUAAAACACUAAAGUUGUUAAUACAUGACAAGAGUGAGUUACGGACACUCUCCCAGAGCUUGUUGCAGCCCAAGAGCAGGGAGACAACAGACCAGAGUAGCUAUAUUACUACUGUUCAUUCGGCUAUAGGAGAGUCCUUAGCACUUAAGAGUCCAGUGAGCAUCUCUGGUGGGUUAGAAAACUGGCUUGUUUGUCUUAUCAACAAGAUUCGUGAAUCUGUUAGUGCUGGCAUACAGAAGGCUGCUAGGGAGAUUCAGGCCAUGAAUGUGGAUGAAUGUGUUUGUCAGAACUUGGUACAAAGCUGUCAGAUGGCUCUUCGGUAUUUAUGGACAGUAGAGUGUGAAGAGGCGAUACGUGGUUCUCGUCGUGACCGGAAGUCUCUGAUGAAUGCACAUCAGCGAUUUGUUUUAUUGGUGAACCGUCUUUCUGGUGUCUUGAUAAAAUGUGUUUGGAAGACUGCUGAGCAUAAAGGAUUGACAAGAGAGCAGACCUUAAAGCUUCAGAGUGUCAUGGUGAUUGGACUGCAUUUACGAGACUGUCUUGAGGAAUUGGUGAAACGAAAACUAAGAGAUUUGUUUGAUUUUGACUGGCAGAAAUGUGGACGGUUUUACAUCACACAAAGUGAAGAUAAUUCUGUGAAACUGAUGGUAUCUCUUUUUGAAACCACGUUACCUUAUGAAUGUGAAUAUCAGGGACAUGAAUGUUGUUUUGUGCCAACCCUUAUGACUGAUCACGCAUUUUUGGCACUUUCACACGUUGCUCGACAUAAAUGUGGUGUUUUGUCUGGUGGACCAGGCGUAGGCAAGACGGAAUCUGUGAAGGUUUUGGCUCAGCUGUUUGGAAAAUUCAUGCUAUUGGUCAAUUGCACACCUGCGUUGUUGCCAUGCAGUCUUGUGCGUCUUUUUCAAGGCAUCGUGCAGGAUGGUGGAUGGUGUUGCAUCGAUGACAUGCACAACAUUUCUAGUGAAUCGUUUUCUGUUGUUGUGCAACUUCUACAAACUGUUCAUUUAUGUUUACAAUCGAAGACUAAAAGUGUGUUUUUAUGUGGAAAGAAGAUUAUAAUUGCAGAAGGAUUCUCUGUGUUUGCCACAGCUUUAGCUUCAUCACCUGGAAUGCCAUACUCAGUUCCUUCUCACUGUCGUUCAGUGUUUCGAAUUGUUGGUUUAGCUGAACCUGAUACAACUGUUAUUUUGAGAGGCUGGCUGACUAAUGAAGGAUUCAAAUCACCCAAGAUGUUAGCUGACAGAGUAAUGGUGAUGAUAUCAUUAUGCGAAGAUCAGCUUCCAUCACGACCGCAAGCCAACUUCAGUCUUGCUAGUUUGCUUGCUGCUAUCAGGAUGGCAGGUGACAGACGACGUGCUGUGAAACGGUCUCAAGUAACAGGCUUAGAAGCAACAUCUCCUAGUUUGUCAUCUACAGGAGCAAACCCUGGCUCUGCUCUUGGCUGGAUUACAAGGCAACCAUCUCUUAUACCUGGUACAAUAAGUGCUAAUCAAUUGAUGAAGUUUCAAGCGGUGGCUGCUGUUCGUAAAGCAAACAGUGUCACUCCUUUGACUCAAAAUGCCAAACUGGAUCAUUCACUGGUCGGUGUUGUUCUAAAAGAAAUGUUUAUGGCGAGGAUGGCUACCAAAGAUUUAACAGUCUUAUACAACGUUAUGAGAGAUGUGUGGAACUUCAGCAAUUUGCAUGACCCGGAUACACUAGCAGAAGAUGAGGAAACAAAGCUCUCUCAGAUACAACAGGCAUGUGCAACCAUGUCGUCUGAUUUAGGGCUAAUUGCUCAUUCACCAUGGCUUGCAAAAGUGAUGCAUCUUUAUACACUUUUGGACCGUUUUAAUGGUGUUGUUGUCACGGGUUGUAGCGGCUCAGGCAAAUCAAAGUGCUUGGAAACUUUAGCUGCUGGAUUGACUAAGUAUUCUACCGAUCAGGCAAACAUCGGCAGUGCCAACAGAUUAAUAACAUACAAAACUUACUACAUUAACCCAUUGUCUGCAUCAAGUCUUUCACAUGUGUUUGGUUAUGUUGAUUCAUCUGGCAAGUGGCAAGAGGGUAUUUUUUCAGUUUUUGUUAAGAGAGGAAUGAAGGCAAGCUGACAUCAACACGUUGGCAAUCAUUUUGUGCAACAUCUUACUUUUUUAGUCUCAUAAUACGAUGAAUUGGGUAUGUUUUGAU